AUUACCGUGAGGUAGAAGAUACAGAAGCAAAUAAAAUCAUGGACAAAAUUUCCUCGCGUGAUGUAUCUACGCAGUAUCCAGAUUGAGGCCGGUAGCUGAGACUAGGGCGAGUGUUGGCGUUUGUUCUCCGUAUUUCCGAGUGGCACUGCGCAUGACAAAGAUGGCGGCCGGCCUGUGGAACUGCGUAGUGUUUUUUCCCGUUCCCUGUAUUUUUGCGGUAAUCGAAGGUAAAGAUCAUUAAAUAAUUGAUAAAAAGGGCAUAAUAUGUUGAUAUAAAUGGACCACCACGAUUUGAUGACAAGAUUGCCAUUUAUUUCAACGAAUUACGACGGUCAAAUGAAUAAACCUUGAACGCCAAAAAAUCUCGUCUGUGCCUAUGGCUAAAAUGGCAGACGGUACCUGGUCCACAAUGAAGUAUUUGUCGACGGUUCUCUACUGUCGAGUGAAUUUAACUUGAAAUGAAUGAAGUAAUGACUGAACUGCCGUAAUAAGUGGAAAACAAUGGACAGUAAAUAUUUUAAUAUAUACAUGAAUAAUUGGACAAUUACUUGUUGUCGAUGAACAGUAACAAUGGUACAAUGGUACAAUGAAGUGAAGAGUGACAAUCAUCGUCUCCCUGUAACCGAUGCUCCUAGUCUCCCUGAAGAUGGCGACUCUUGUAUAAGCCUAGGGUUGGGAGUGAACGUCAUACCUUCUGUCGAACUUUUGAAUUUUUUAAUAAUUUUACAUUGAGUUUAUAAAAAUUAAGACAAUGAAAAUUGGAGUGUCAAAUCAGGGGUAACAGUAUGACGAGACAGACUCUAGUAGUGAUUUUUUUUUAUUGUGUAGUGUGAUUUAGUGUUUCUGGGAAUUUCGCUGUGGCCAACGGGUCGGUGAAUACAGAAGGUGGCGUGUGUGGGUUCGUAUUGGUAUCGCGGUUGUGUGAUUUUUUUUUCGAAAUUCGAGAGUGAAGUGUGAACAAGUGUUUGUGAGUGAAAAUUAGUGGAGAACCCUGGGUGAGAGAGAUAUCCAGGAAUUUUGGGAGGAUCACUGGAGAGGAUACUGCCCUGCAUGUUCCAGAUAUCGGGGGUGCAUUUCCCACGGACUUGGAAAGUUGAUGCUAAUAAUGAUGUAAGCAGAAUCCGGCACAUUUAUGGGAUGAAAGUGAAGCAGUGAGGUUGACACAUAAGUGGAAGUGAGGUCAAGUCUACGACAAAAUGGCGGAAUGAGAGAGGCUCACAAAAUGGCGAAUUGAUCGAGGAAAGGACAAUGGGAAGCUGAUGGUUUCAAGCUGAGAGGAGGCUAGUUAGAAAGCAGAUAUAGAGCGUCGACCUGGGCGUCACUACAGCACAUACGAACUUCGUGGCACAAUGGAUUCGAUGAACUAAUGAGGGACCGGAAGUCCAGCCCAUCUAAUUUCCGAACGAAUUUUCGAGUGUGCGUGGAAUCGUGGAGUUGAUGGAUUGUGAAGACCGACUCCAAACAUCAUUCUGAUGACAGAUGACGAUCGUCAGAGGAGCUCUCUGGAGCUGUCAGCCAAACAGCGGAAAAUCCACAGAUUGAACUGGAAAUUAUUGAUGAAUUCCGGUGAAAAAAAUAUCGUUGAAACCAGGAUUCUCUAAGAUUAUGCUGGAACAUACUGAAGGCUACAAGAAUAUCUUCAUGCCGUUCACCAGACAUCAAAUAAAUUGAUGAGAAAAUGAGGAAUGACAACUGAUAGGGAAUCUCGUCCUCUCAACCAGUUAUUUGUGAUAUCUGUGAAGUGUUUAAUGUUUGAAUCCACAUGAGUUAUUAUUCCGUGAGUGUUUUUGUGUGUGUUUUGUGAGUGCAUGUGUAUUCAAGAGGAUUAAAUGGACCGCAUGGAGUAACAAGACAGCUGCUUGCAGAGAUGGAAACGGAGCUGAUGUUUCCAUCCAACGCCGGAGGAAUUGAAAGAGGAGAUGAGGGCGGAUCGAGGGAUAAUCUCCUGAAGUUGACAUAUUGGAAGGAGACAUGGAGAAAGUGGUGAAAUUAUUUGAAAGAUUAUGAAAUCCCAGAGAAAGAUGUCGGUGCUGUUGGAAGCACGGCCUUACCGGCCAUUCAAAUCCUCGGAGGAGUACCUGAUUGCAAUGAAGGAGGAUCUAGCUGAGUGGUUAAAUGCCCUCUAUCCCGAGCUGAGGAUAAGCCUCGACAAUUUUAUGGACAGACUUGACACUGGCGUCACCCUUUGCAAACACGCCAACAAUGUUCGUCGUGCAGCAUCAGACUACGUAGUGCGUCGACAGGCUCGCAAAAUAAUGAAUCGCUCGAUAACAUCGUCAUUGGCUCUACCUAUGAGCAAUUUGAGCGAUGUGGCCUUCCUGCCAAACGCCAAGGCCGGUACUUUCUUCGCCCGUGACAACGUGUCAAAUUUUAUAAGCUGGUGUCGCAACAGUCUCAGUAUCAUCGACUGUCUACUAUUCGAGAGCGAUGACCUCAUAAUGCGUAAAAAUGAGAGACACGUGAUACUCUGCCUCCUCGAGGUCGCAAGACGCGGCGCCAAGUUCGGCAUGCUUGCCCCCAUGCUUGUGCAGAUGGAGAGACAGAUUGACAGGGAAAUUGCAGCUGAGAAUAAGGCAUCAAAUGGUGAUGGCAAUGAGGAGAGUGACGAUGACUAUGGGGAAAUGCAACAGGAUGAGCCGUGUCUUAUCUAUGGGCCACAGCCGCAGAUUGUCACCAAUGAUCUCAAGAGCCUCGACGAAAUGGUUCGCGAAUUGGUGGAGAGAUGCACCUGCCCAACCCAAUUCCCAAUGAUUCGUGUGUCCGAGGGUAAAUACAGAAUUGGUGAUACCAAAGUUCUAAUAUUCGUGCGAAUUUUAAGGAGCCACGUUAUGGUGCGAGUGGGCGGUGGUUGGGACACCCUCAGCCACUAUCUUGACAAGCACGAUCCAUGUCGCUGUCGUACCUCUCAUCGCUCAAUGAUCUCUGCUAAGCUGAUACAAAAGGCCGGAGGAUCAUUCGAUCUCUGCAGUGCGCAGGUGCAUUAUGAAAGAUCACCUCCGAGAACUCGCAGGAGUUCAGUGUCGAGUGUAGGCUCAUGCGCCGGUACAGUGACCCAACAACCGGGCCAGCAGCUCCCGUCCCUCCAGACACCAAGAAGCGUAUCGAACAAUCGAUCUCAAUCACCAACACCGAAUCACGCUGCUCGCCAGCACCUCGGCGAUGAUCUCAAGAGAUCGGCCAAUCGCUCGAGGAGUCCCACACCCCAGACUAAAUCCAGAUCGAGUCCGGUUCACCAAGCAAGUGACCUUGGUAGCAAACAGAGAUCCAGAUCACCAACACCCAAGUCAAAUUUACAGACGAAUUCCCCCACACCCAGACCGGAAAUCAAUAGAUGUGGUCGAACGAGUCCUCUCGAUCCUACCAGGAAAGCACUCAACGAAGAAAUACGACAAGUCAAGUAUGAUGGAAGAUCACAAAUGUAUCAUAGUCGACAUCAGGAUAAUUAUCAGGAUCCUAAAAAAGAUCUCCAUCAAGAGAUUCGUUCAAAAGUCCCCUUAUCCGAGGACUUUUCAAAGCGCUACACAGUGGAAGGUGGAGUGGCAAAACGCACAGUGGAAAGAGAUGAUACACCAAAGUACGAGCCCUCAAUCUACAACUACAAGUGCGGAAGAGUGGAAUCCUCGAGUCGCAGUCCCACCCCAAGUCCACCAGCCAUAAAAGAGGAGGCAGUCGAGACAUUUGGCAAAUCCGGGCACGAUGGUGAACACUCUGACAACGGGAGUGAAGUAUCCGACGAGGGUUACAGGAGUUUGGGUACUGUACAACCACCAGUACCAAUGAUCAACGGUACUAACAUCACCAGUAACCAGAUAUCGCCCACGGUUGUCGACUGUCAAAAACAACCGUCAAACCCCAGACAAGAGCCUGAACGUUCGUGCGUGGAGACAGACAGCAUCGAGACAGGUCUGCGUAAGACAAAAGCCACAGGAAGUCCCCGCAAUUCCCCAGCUCGAAGUAUUCCCGGUGAUCGUACCCCCCGCGCCCCAUCAAUGGUCCGUUCCAACAGUAAUCUCUCCAGAUGUUCAUCCGGCAGUAGAACCCCCCGAGAAGGUAACUCAAGCCCUGAAGGAAGUCCCCUAAAUCGCAAUCCAGUACGAAAUAGCCUUCGUAAGCCACCAGCAGGUACAGUAAGCAAAGCUGUAUCCCCACAAAAUCAUUCACUAAGUGGCUAUAGCACCUGGAACGGACGACAAUCAAAACAACGGGCCGGAUUGUCAUCAGAUACCUUUGUUAAUCCAUCAGUAACCAUUAAUGGUAAUGGUAAUCGUGUCUCACCGUCAUUGAAUUUCUCCAGGAAGCAGACAACACGACAGAGUCUACCAAAGACAGCCAUUAAUGGUGUACAGUACGACCAAAAUGGUAGGAGAAUAAAGCCGACAACCAGUGUAUCACUCCAGUCAUCACCUACCAAAGUUGCUAAUCCCUUGUUAGAGCAGAUACUUCAGAAAGUGGGACAUCUGCAGGAUGACAAGCAGGUGGUACAGAAAUUGCAAGAUUUGUUGAGAAAUUAUCAGGACUGCAACGAUGGUGAACCAAAUCUUGAAUUUACAAGGGCAUGGAUUGAUGGAAAUGGAACAGUUGCACUUCCCCAAGAAAUUCCAGUAUCCACAAGUCCCCGAAAGGAUCCAAAAGCUUCUAAUGAAAGAGGAUUCUCAAGAAUACCAGCACCCGUCUACAAGAGAGCAAUGUCCGUCAACUCUGACAGCAUUUGAAAUUUCAACGAGUGUGAUUCUGGUGGAGGGAUUCCUAACGAUUGUAAACGAAAGACCUCCAGAAUACCUAUCAACAAGGGGAAGAGGCCUAUGUCCAUUGCUAGGAGUGAUGGACCUGAUGAAUCAACGAGUUGAAAAUAAGAAGAAGAAGAAGAAGUACUUCAUGGAUUUUAGAAUUCUGCGUUGAGCAGAGAGAGCGAACCAUAAACAUGACGGGAAAUCCUUUUUAAUCACUUACUACGGCCAGUUUCAGGAAGUUACUCAUAGGUGACAUUACGAGAGGCGCCGAAGGCCCAUCAAAGGAAGCCUGAUGGCCUUGUGCUUUUUUUUUUUAUUUUCAUUUCUUCUUACUUAACCGUAGUUUCCUUUCAACUUGGUGCAGCGUGAAAAUACCUCGGUGAUACACAGCAGGCUGAUAAGCCUGUAGGAUGGUGCUUAAUGGAGGAAAUAUAGCAGCUGAUCAAUUGAUCUAUUGCUUUUCACAUGAAUGAGGAAUAGUAAAAGCUUUCUACUAUACUAAAUUCUAAUCAGUGAUUAAAAUUGAUGUAGAAUUAAGCGUUGAGUGUCUUGCGUUGUUGGCUUCUCUUUGACUAGUGAUUUACGCUAGUUUCAUUAGCGAAAUAAUUAUGGAUUGCGUUCGGAAAAGUUAUUCAUUUGAAUCAGAUAUACGUUGGAAGAUAACAGAGUUGAAUUUUAAAAAUAGUUUGGCUAAAAAAUAUGAUCAUAUAUUUUUUUACGAAUCGAAAUACGUUUCAAUAAAAUAAAUCUCUUAAUUCCAAUGAAUAGCUGUUCGGGACGUGAUUGAAUGAAUUUUUUAAAACUAUAAUAAUACCAGUACAUCACAAUUAUUCACCUGACAUUGGUUGUACUCCGCAUAUGAACGAAUUUAACGAUCAAAAAUAAGAAUAAAUAAAAAGGAUUCAAUUGAUAAAAUCAUAUGCUAAAAUAGAGUACUCUUGUUUUCAUCGAUCCUAUAGAUCGUUUUUUUUAUAAAUUUAUUUAUUUAUAUAGUCUAUCGGUUGUAUUUAUUAAAGACGAUUUAAUUACGCGUUGAUGCAGGGGAUGAAUAAAUAAUAUUGGUAAUGUCAUAUAAAGUGAAAUGAGAGGGGCUUAGAAUAUUAGAAGAAGGACGCAAUAAAUUGCAAAUUAAUAUCAGAUAAAUCCUUCAGACUGCAUUAGAUAUCGUAACGUCUGACAACUGUCAUUCCAAUGUUUUAACAUUUUUUAUACCAAAAUCAAGUAGAAGCCUUUUUUAUGUAAAAAAAAAAUGAAAACGAAAAAAUAAAAAAUAAGUGUUCUAUGUACACUGAGAGUUCGAUUAAUUUGAGCUUAGACUAACGAAUAGA